UCGUGCUGCCGGAGCGGCACUCUCGGAUUGGAGACCGAUGCAAGUCAGACUGCUAACCCGUCCAAAAAUAAAUGAAACACAAAUGUCAUACGGUGAAAUGUAAAGACAUUUGGAAGCGCGGAAGUCCUCGUCUGAAGCCGCCACAGCGGGCUGGGUUUGUGGGUAACCCGCCACCCAGCCUGCCUGCCUGCAGGGGAUGCGAGCAGAACCGUCGGGGGAACCAAUGCGUGUGUCGGAGGAGACAAGCAGGGCGCAUCGGAAGGGAGAGCUUAGAAAGCAACUGUUUUGACUUCGAGAACAUUUAUCUUUUGACAGUAGAAAGAAAUGCUCGCCAACAUUUUUAGUUAAAGCGAGAGAAGAGUUAGAGGGAACCGUUUUUUGUUUUUUUUCGAGAGAGAAAAAAAAACAAAAAAAAAAAAACUUAAAACUAUCGCUUUGGACUCGGAUCCAGAUGGGAGCUGCGGGGCUGGAGCCGACAGGAGAUGAACGAUGGAUAUACUGAAGGGGAUAAGCAUCAGCAAGCACCGCUGGAGAUGUAUUCCGGAAUAUUUGCGCUGCAACCCAUCUCCAAAUUCUCAUUAUGAAUGGACACGUUUCCAAUGUCACUCGCUCAGAGAGGCUGAGGCUGAACUUGGAGUUCAUUGUGCCUCACUGACUGCAGCCUGAUGAUGAACAGUGAACAUUACUGGAGAGGACAAAGCCAGAAUUCUAUGCACAUGUGAUUGGAUCUGAGCUUGCUCUGACCUGAGACCAUUAAAAUGGAGUUGCUAUGGAAACUCAUAGUGCUGCUGUCAUUGGUGGAGUAUCUGACAGGAAGUGGAGUCCUGCUAAGGCCCGUAUUCACUAAGCAACCAGGCAGUGUGGUGUUUCCCAUUCAGCCUGGCGAGAAUCGCAGAGAGGUGGUGUUUAGCUGUGAGGCCCAAGGACACCCACCGCCCUUCUACAGGUGGAUGCUAAACGACUCCUUCAUCCUGCCCAUGCCGGGCUCACGUUUCUCCCUCAUGGGUGGGAACUUACACAUCACCAAUCUGAAUAAAGACGAAGACGUGGGCAUCUAUCAGUGCUUUGCAUCAAACUCGUUUGGCACAAUUAUCAGCAGAGAGCCAGUCUUCAUGUUGCUUUGCAAACACAUAAGGUUUGAAAAAUGCCGCGUUGUCAAAGACUCGACAGAUGAGCAUGUUAAUGCACCGACUGAAGGAGCACAUGGAGAUGUAGCAGGAUGCAACCGUUCAAAAGAUUGGAUGGAAACAGGCGAAAAGGGAAAACUGUUCAUGCAUCAAACAGAACUCACCUUCACGUGGAUCUUCAACGAGUACCCAUCUUUUGUCGUCCAGGACACGCGUCGAUUUGUCUCCCAGAAGACGGGCAACCUUUACAUUGCUAAAGUGGAACCCUCUGAUGUGGGCAACUACACGUGUGUGGUCACCAACAUGGUCACCAAAAGCAGCGUUCAGGGACCACCGUCACCUUUGGUCCUCCGGCUUGAUGGUGUGAUGGGUGAAUACGAACCAAAAAUUGAAGUGCAGUUCCCUGAAGUUGUCCCCGUCGCUAAGAGCUCAAUCGUCAAACUUGAAUGUUUUGCACUUGGAAACCCAGUGCCAACCAUAAGCUGGAAAAGAGUUGACGGGGCCCCUUUUGGCAGGAAGGUGGACUUGAAUAAAGCCAGCGGAGUUUUAGAGAUCCCUUAUUUCCAACAGGAGGAUGCAGGGAUGUACGAAUGCAUGGCAGAAAACAGCAGAGGAAGAAACUCGGUUAAAGGAAAGCUGUCUUUCUAUGCUCCACCUCAGCUGACGGAGAAGCCUCAGGAUGUUCAGAAGACCAUCGACGACACCCUAGUGUGGGAAUGCAAAGCCAGCGCCAAGCCAAAACCCUCGUACCGCUGGCUGAAGAACGGAGAGCCCCUGGAUUACAUGGAGCAGGACAGAGUUCAGGUGAAUAACGGAGUGCUGACAAUCAACAACUUGAAUCUGGCUGACGUUGGAAUGUACCAAUGUGUGGCGGAGAACAAGCAUGGCCGCAUCUUCACCAAUGCUGAGCUCAGAGUCAUUGCUAUUGCUCCCGACUUCUCCCAAAACCUGUUGAAGACACAAACAUUGGCCCGACAGGGCGGCGAUGUCCUGAUCGAAUGCAAGCCCAGGAUGUCUCCUCGCGGCGUGAUUUCAUGGAGGAAGGGGAACGAAGCCCUGCGCGAGAGCCACAGAAUGAUGGUGCUGGAUAAUGGCAGCCUGCGGCUAUCCAAUGUCACUAAAAUGGAUGCUGGGAUCUAUACAUGUGUAGCCAGAAACCAGUUUGGAGUAGCGAGCAGCUCUGGAAGCCUUUUCGUUAAAGAGGCAACCACAAUCACGAGUCCAGCAGGGCACCUGGAUGUGACCGUUGGCGAGAGCAUUGUGCUGCCCUGCCAGGUUUCACACGAUCCGACUCUAGAUCUGAAGUUCACCUGGUUCUUCAAUGAGCAGGUCAUCCACUUUGGAAGUCAAGGGGCCUACUUUGAAAAAGUCGGUGGGCGUUCAGCAGGUGACAUCAUGAUCCGGAACAUCCAGCUGAGUCAUGCUGGGAAAUAUACCUGUGCAGUUCAGACCAAGGUGGACAGUGUGUCCAUUGCUACAGAUGUAGUGGUCAGAGGUCCUCCAGGCCCACCUUUGGACUGUCAGGUCACUGAGAUGACUGAGACUACUGCCUCUCUUUCCUGGAGGCCAGGGUUGGACCACCACAGUCCCCUCCUCAGCUACACCAUCCAGGCUAGAACACCCUUCUCUCUUGGAUGGCAAACCGUCGCCACCGUUCUAGAACCGUUAAAGGGAAAACAGCUCUCGGCCACAGUCACUGACUUGAGUCCCUGGGUGGAUUAUGAGUUCAGAGUUUUGGCAACCAACAGUGUUGGAACAGGAGAGCCCAGCAAACCCUCAAAGAAGAACCGCACCAAAGAAAUGCAGUCGUCUGUCUGUCAUCUCCUGCCUGCUCAGCCGGUUCCUGAGGAGAUGCAGGGUGGUCCGGGCUUUGGCUACGUGGUGGCGUUCCGCCCACUUGGGGCUCAGGGCUGGAUGCAGGCUGCCGUUACGUCCCCUGAUGCCUCAAGAUACGUAUUUAAAAACGAGACCAUCCCUCCCUUCUCCCCUUAUCAAGUCAAAGUCGGCGUUUACAACAACAAGGGCGAAGGACCUUUCAGCCCGGUUACUACCAUCUACUCAGCAGAAGAAGAACCCAGCAGAGCUCCAGUGAGGCUCAGGGUGAGGAGUGUUUCAGCAUCUGAAGUGGAGGUCACCUGGAAGCCGCUGGCGUGGAGCAACAGCCGCAGACGUAUCCUUGGCUACGAGCUGCUUUACUGGGGAGAGAAGGAAAAGCCGGAUGCAGCCAGUGUGGUCAGAACAGAGGGGAAUAAAACAUCAGUACUCAUCAGGGAUCUGGAGGGCAGCAGUACCUAUUACAUGUCCCUGCGGGCCUAUAACAGUGCCGGAGUGGGUCCACAGAGCAGCAUAGUCAAUGUCACGACCAAGAAACCACCUCCCAGUCAAGCCCCAGUUAAAAUCAUGUGGAACACUUCCAACUCCAAAGUCAUUCUGAGGUGGGACCAGGUACACGCCUUGGAGAAUGAGUCCGAAGUCACGGGAUACAAGGUGAUGUACAGCCAGGACAAACACAGCCGCCCUAGCGUGGUGGAGACCAACAACACCUCCUUGGAGUUGUCGCUCCCAACCAACCAAGACUAUGUCAUCCAAAUUAAACCUUUCAGCGAGGGAGGGGAGGGCAUCAGCAGUCGCCAGAUUACCAUUCCUAAAGUGGAAGGUUCCAUAGCGACGGGAGCAGCUCCGAAGUCCUUGGGAUUUCCAGCGGUGAGCUUUGGAGCUGUAGUUCUCACAGGCAGAAUGCUGCUAUGACAAACACCCAGAAAUUACAGCUUCUUAUUCAGAGUGGAAGGACAGCAGGUCAGAGACGACACAAGGCCUGAAGCCUAAUUUCCCUUCUCCACCCUACCAUGUCUCUCCUCUCUGGCCCACAAAAGGUCUUCUUUGUGAGGAAGAUCCUUUUCUUCACUUUUCUAAAGUGGUUGCUGAAAGGAAGCGCCGCUUUCAGAAUUUGCUUUUAUGGAACCGAAAGGGACGCCUUGACUCGACUGACUCCAGCCUUUUUUGAAGAAGAGUUUUUCUCAUCUACUUUCUAACUAGUGGAUAUUCUUGUAUGUUUUUCACCUUGGCGGAUAAAUUAGGACAUGUACAUGCUUUCCCAAAGGAGUUGUGCGGGUUCUUUUCUAAAAGGAGUUAUUUAGUGGGUGUACCACUGAGCUUUUCCUUCAGAAAACAGAACUGAGAGUGGAGGCGACCUACAUCGCUUAUUUGCUUAUCUAAAGUGGAGAUUUACUGAAGCUUGAUUGGAGGUAUGAAGUCUUUCUCUUUGAGAGGAAAUGAUCAUCCCAUCAAAUGGAAUAAAAAAAAAAGAAAAUGGGGAUUAAGCUUCACUGCUUUAAAACAAGACAGAAUUUGGGACCUUUCUGUUCUUUCCCGCUUCAAUUCCUGACAUUACAAGUUGCCAUGAAACUGACUGGAACCAAAGUGGCUGCCACAGUGCAGCUAUACCUGUUGCAUCGUGGGAAAAGGCAGCCUGUACUCAUAUCGCUUAAUUUCUAUCAAGCAGCUGGCUUGUGUAAAUGUCCCAUCUUGCUCCAUCAUCAGUGUAUAACCAAGACAUACAUGUAUGAAAUCCUCAGGUCCCAAAUGAGCCUUAAGUCUUAUGAUUACCAUCCGACUUAUCAUUCAGGACUACGUUUGUUUUUGUUUAUCCACCCUGUAUCUUAGCUCUCUCUGAAUCAUAUCUUUGAAUGUUUCGAACCUUGGGGGGGAAAACUAAAUGCUUUUUGUCGUCUUUCUGUCCUGAUGAGCAUUGUUAUACAAUAUGUGGUCCCGUUUUCUGACUUUUCUAGCAUAGUUUAUAUCAAAACCAGCUCAGUGUUUCGCUGUCGGUUGGUCAGUGUGUGUGUGUGUGUGUGUGUCUAGCACACACACACACGGUUUGAAAGAAUCAGUCUGCUUUGAAUAAAGAUCAUGUCAUUUUCCUCAUUUCUGUCCCCGUUGUAACGUUGGGCCAAAUGUUCUUUAAAUUAAAAGUGAUGCCUUUCUUUUCGC